GUCGUAAUAAAGAUCUUACGGAGGCCGAAUGCUUUACGGUAGAAAAGCUCAAAAAAGAGGGCAUGUCUGCUACCAAAAUUGCACGCAUCCUUGGUAGAUUGGAUACUUCUGUUAAAAACUGUCUUAAACGAUUAUGUUUAACUGAUAAUUCUAGUUACCUUAAAAGAAAAUCUAGUGAUAGAAAACCACUUGUGAAUAAGCAUUAUGAACGUUUAAUUAUAAGAAAA